AUGAGGAUCCAUCUCAUCUCAGUUGUCCUGGCCGCCAUCGGCUUGUCUCUUUUGGGUGGGGCUGCGCUGCUCUAUCCUUGGAAAGCCCCGGGUGGCAAUCUAGCCUUCUGCGCGGAUUGCCUGGCCUAUGUGAGAGAUGUUGAGGCCAUGUUUCGCGAAAAUAACAGAGCGUGGGCCAAUCAGCAGUUCUUCCGAUACGCUCUGGACAAGUCCUGCCACGGACAGCUCCUAAUCAGCGGCCACUGCCCCCAAUAUCGGCGGAGAUUGCUGGAACAGCCCGGGCGGUACAUGUCGCAGCUGGAUCAUCCCUAUGAGGCCUGUCAAGCCAUUCAAGCCUGUAAAUAA